AUGUCGCAAAAUCAAUCGAAAAGUACCACUAAUAAAUAUUGGAAACCAGGAAGUACUCGACCACCACGACAACAAUCAUCAUCAAUAGUUGAUCGACAAGAUUCAACAUCAGAAAAUGUUGAUCUUUAUCAACAUUCGAGUAUGUCUAUUGUUCAACAUCGUCGUCAUUUGCCGAUUGCUGCGUAUAGAACACAUAUAUUACAUUUACUUGAAAAAUAUCGAACUUUAAUAAUUAUUGGAGAAACAGGUAGUGGAAAAUCAACGCAAAUUCCUCAAUAUCUUCUUGAAAGUGGUUGGACACGUAAUGGAAAAUUAAUUUGUAUGACUGAACCUCGUCGUAUAGCAACUAUUCAAUUAGCACAACGUAUUGCAGAUGAAAAAGAUGUUGUACUAGGAAAAGAAAUCGGUUAUCGAAUACGUUUCGAAGAUGUUUAUUCAAGUGGUUUAACACAAAUAUUAGUAAUGACAGAAGGACUUCUAUUACGUGAACUUAUGUAUGAUCCAUUAUUAACACGAUAUAAUGUAAUUAUUAUUGAUGAAGCACAUGAACGUUCAAUUCAAACUGAUCUUCUAUUAGGAUUGUUAAAAAAAAUUCAAAGACGUCGACGAGAUUUACGUCUCAUUAUAACAUCAGCUACAAUUGAUAGUGAACGAUUACGUGCAUUUUUCGAGCAUCAGCCAACUUCAAUAUCAAAAACUGAAAAUCAACCUGAAGAAAACAAAAAUGAAGACGAAAAACUUGAUGAAUGCUUUAUCAUGAGUGUUGAAGGUCGCUCAUAUCCAGUUGAAAUUUAUCACACAACUGAACCUGUUCCAGAUUAUUGUAAAGCAUGUGUUGAUACAUGUAUACAAAUACAUGAAAAUGAAAAAUAUAAUGAACAAGGCGAUAUUCUAUGUUUUAUAUCUGGACAAGAUGAUGUUUUACGUAUUAUACGUGAUUUACAUGAUUAUGCAAGACGUUUAAAUGAUGAACAACAGCAUCUAAAACUAUUUGAAAAGACACCAAUAAAUACGCGAAAAAUAAUUGUUGCAACAAAUAUUGCUGAAACAAGUUUAACAAUUCCAAAUAUUGUUUAUGUUAUCGAUUGUGGUUAUGUUCGGUUAAAAUUAUUUAAUCCUGAAUUUGGUUUUGAAGUUUUAACAACAUUGCCAAUAACAUGUUCAUCCGCAUUACAACGUGCUGGUCGAGCAGGACGUGUUCGUUCAGGCAAAGCCUAUCGUCUUUAUCCAGCAGUUGAAUAUAAAAAAAUGAAAGAAUUUCAAUUACCUGAAAUACAACGAUGUGAUUUAGCUUUAGCUGUUCUUCAAUUGAAAGCGUUAGGUAUACACAAUAUUGUUCGAUUUGACUUUCCAUCGCCACCACCAUCAAAAAAUCUACUUCAAGCUAUUGAAUGUCUAUAUGCAUUACGUGCUAUUGAUCAACAAUCUCAUUUAACGAGCGAUUUAGGUAUGAAAAUGGCUGAACUACCAUUACAUCCAGCACAUGCACGAGCAUUAAUUCUUUCACUUGAAUAUGGAUGUACACAAGAAAUAUUAAAAAUAAUUGCAUCACUUCAAGUUAAACAUGUUUUUCAUAAUCCGCCAAAUGAAAAGAUGCGUGCAGCAAAAUUACAUAGUAGCUUUGCCUGUCAAGAAGGAGAUCUCAUUACUGUACUUAAUGUUAUUAAAGUAUUUGAACAACAAAUGAUGCCACAACAAUUUUGCGAUAAGUAUAUGUUGAAUCUAAAAUCAUUAAAACGUAUUCUUGAAAUAAAAGAUUCAUUAGAAAAAUCGCUUCGUCGUAUAAUAGCAAAGAAUAAUAAAAUACUAUCAUCGUCGGGUGAUGAUGUUAUACCAGUUCUUAAAUGUUUAACAGAUGGUUUUUUUAUGAAUGCUGCACAACUUUCAAUCGAUGGUUAUACUUAUCGAACAUUUCGUGGUUCAUUGCAAGAACUUUAUAUACAUCCGUCAUGUAUUUUAUCAGCAAUAUUAUCAAAACAAGAUACAACACAAAGUCAGUUACCUAAAACAAUAUUAUUUAAUGAGCUGAUUCAAUCAUCGAAAAUUUUCAUGUCUGAUAUCACUGUUAUUGAUCCAAAUUGGUUGUAUGAAAUUGCUGGACACUAUUACGAACAAUUAUCGACUAGGCAAUGGAUUUUAAAGGAGUCAUGCGAUUUAGAAUAA